UGUACACACAGACACGUACGGACAUACACACAAACACAUGUACACACAGACACAUUUACACACACACAUACAUGUACAUACACGCAGACAAAUGUACAGAUAUACAAAUGUACAUACACACAGACCAUGUACAUUUUGUACAUGCAUACACAGAUGAAGUUGCAGUACUUUGUUGUUCACUCACAGAUCCGGGUACUGCACUCUAGGGGGAGGCAGAGAGCACAGCACACACACUCCUUGCUUUGCUUUCACUGCGCUCAGCUAUUGAGCAGUCUGACGGCUCCCAGUGCCAAUGACAGAUCCAGCCUGAGCUCCGAGCCUGCUCAGCAAGACGGCCCUGGGGGACACACUCACCCCCACCAUAAUUUCCACUCACCACUGGCGAGCAGGCGAGUGGAAAUUUCAAGCCCUGCUUUA